AUGGUCCCUGUCCAGUUCUCUCUUCCCGACGCUAAGGGCAAUCCUGUCCUUGAGAAGCACAUCGUCAUUUGGAUCUCCGUGUUCCCCGGUACCACGUCCGAGGAAUCCUGCCGCGAUGCCAACUCGCCCAUCCUCGCCAUCCUCGAAAAGCACCAAGUCAAGGACGCUGCCGUUCACUGGAUCGAGGGUACUCCCCAGCGCUUCGUCGCCGAUCCCGCCAUGAUGGAAGUCGUCGACGAGACAGACCCGACUGCUUAUAUCCGUCGCGCGGUUACCGCUAUCUUGGGCGUUCCUCUCGCACCGCAGACUAUGCAGGCUAAGGAUGGACAGGGAUCGCUCGGCAUCUUCUUCCACGAGGGAAAAGACAAGCAGGGGAACAAAAGCGACAGGGUCCUUGCUUUUACCAACAAGCACGUGGCGUCGGAGAACACGAAGACCGACUACGAGCUCGGACGCAGUGGUGCUCGCAAGCAGUAUAUCAGGAACUGUGGGCUUCGUCGUUACGAGAAGUUGCUGGAGGAGACGCGUGCGGCGAUUGCGAAGAAGGUUGGGGAGGGGAAGCUCGUGGCUGAGCAGCUCGAGCAGAAUGUUUUCACCACCGCGAGGGCCAGGAGGUUCAAGGAGGACGAGUUGAAGAACUUGGAGGAGGAGAUUGGCAUGUUGGACGACUUCCUCGGGCUCGCGAAAUCCUCCAGGGGCGAGAUCCAUAACCGCGCUAUCGGAUGGCUCGACUAUGCUCCCCGCAUCCAAAACGACGUCGACAAUCGCCGCUACACCUGGGACGGCGCCAUGUUCCUGCUCGAUAAGGUCAGGUGGGAGCAGCAGUUCAAGGGGAAUCAUGUCUAUCUCGGCGGAAAAUUCGCCUCAGGCGACAUCACCAAGUUCUUUUACCCUAACGACGCCAAUCCUCCCUCCUUCAAAUACCCGCCCAACCAUCUCUUCCGCCUCCAGGGCUUCGUCGAGGCCGAGGACAUGAAGAAGCCCUACUUCUUCGACGAGCUUGGCAACCGCUGCUUCAUCGUCGCCAAAGAGGGUCAGACUACUGACCUGACCUUCGGACGAUUCUCCGAGUUCGAGGCCUACGUCGUCAGCGACUUGGCGGGCUCCUCCUGGGAGGUGGCUGUCUUCAAUCACGCCAAAGAGAAUUUCUCCUUCAAAGGAGAUUCCGGGUCCUGCAUCUUCAACGCCGAGGGUAAGAUGGUCGCGUUCCUUCACUCGGGCAUGCCGAGGGGCAUGUCGAGUCAUGUCACGUUCGGAACGCCUGCCCACUUUGUGCGCGACCAGAUCAAGAAGCGCUACCCCCAUGCCGACUUUGACCGCGUCACUUUCUCCGACGUGGCAGCCUAA